AUGGUGAAGGUAAAAAACGACGUUUCUGGAACAGAAGCGUUACCUAACGCAGCCCUAGUCGAUGAAGAUUUCCCUCUGUUCUCCAAGAACUUCGCCACAAAGCCCUCUAAGAAACCUUCAUUAAACUCCGAAAACCCUCAACUCCACCCCAAAACACUAGAAAAAUCAACAGAUCCCGAAUCCAAUUCGAGCAGUUUCUCUGAUCUCGGCCUCUCAGAAUGGGCGAUUCAGACUUGUAAAGAGCUUGGUAUUAAGAGGCCAACUCCAGUUCAACAACAGUGUAUUCCUCGAAUUCUUGCUGGAAAUGAUGUUCUUGGGAUAGCUCAAACUGGUAGUGGAAAGACAGCUGCUUUUGCGCUGCCGAUUCUGCAUCGUCUUGCUGAGAAUCCAUUUGGUGUGUUUGCGUUGGUGAUAACACCGACUAGAGAGCUGGCUUACCAGUUGGCAGAGCAGUUCAGGGCGCUUGGGUCUUCCUUGCAUCUACGUUGUGCUGUUAUUGUUGGUGGUAUGGAUAUGAUUAACCAGGCGCAGACGCUGAUGCGACGACCUCAUGUCGUGAUUGCUACCCCGGGAAGGGUAAAGGUUCUACUUGAGAAUAAUCCGGACAUUCCUUCAGUGUUUUCCAAGACUAAGUUUCUUGUUUUGGACGAGGCAGAUAGGGUAUUGGAUGUUGGUUUUGAAGAGGAAUUGAGAGUUGUAUUUCAGUGCUUGCCCAAAGAGCGACAAACUCUUCUGUUUUCUGCAACGAUGACGGACAAUCUUCAAACAUUACUUGAGCUUUCUGCAAAUAAAGCCUACUUUUAUGAGGCAUAUGAGGGCUUUAAGACAGUUGAAUCCCUCAAACAACAGUAUUUUUUAGUUCCCAAGAAUGUGAAGGAUGUUUAUCUCCUAUACAUUUUGUCAAAAAUGGAUGAGAUGGGAAUUCGUUCUGCCAUCAUCUUUGUUUCUACCUGCAGGAGUUGUCACCUAUUGAGUCUAUUAUUGGAAGAACUUGAUCAGACCGUUUCAGCAUUGCAUUCAUUCAAGUCACAGUCUUUGAGGUUAGCUGCACUACAUAAAUUCAAAUCUGGUCAGGUUCCUAUUUUGCUGGCAACAGAUGUAGCCAGUCGUGGCUUGGACAUUCCAACAGUCGAUCUUGUUAUCAACUAUGAUAUUCCGAGGUAUCCUAGAGACUAUGUUCAUCGGGUUGGCCGUACUGCUAGAGCUGGCAGAGGAGGACUAGCUGUGAGCUUUGUUACAGAGAACGAUAUAGAUCUUGUUCAUGAGAUAGAGGCUGUCAUUGGAAAAGAAAUGGAGGCUACCCAAUACAAGGACACUGAGGUUCUUGCUGAAAUCACUAAGGUGUACAAGGCCAGGCGUGUCGCAACAAUGAAGAUGAUGGAUGACGGCUUUGAAGAAAAAGCAAAAGAGAGGAAAGCCCAGAAGCUGAAAACAUUAGCAGAGAAAGGUUUAUUGAAGAAACGUAACAAGAAAAGGAAAAGGCAAAGAUCUGCUAAGGAGUAAGAAGUUGAAAUUGGUAUACGGAAGCAAGGGACUAUAUUACA